UCAUUAAAUCGAAGGUACUAAAAUCUUCUUCCUUUCUCCCCAAGCCUCCUUCCCCAACUGGGCAACUCUGCCACUAAUUUCGCCGUUUCCUUCCUCACGCUACGCGCCACAUCGCCACGCCUUCGAACGUAGCACAAAAUCCUUAACAGAGCCCUGACCGUUGAUCCUUCCACGCGAAUGAGUCUCAACGGCUGAGAUCAUUCCAAUAUCGUCACAGGAUGGGGCCCACCAAUACGAGUCCACAAAUCCUUUUUCCUUCUUUUCCCUCGUUUUCGGCAUGGGACCCACCCGAUAUAUACGACAAUACACGCCACACCAAGCACACACACUCUCCACACAGUCCUCACUGCUCUCUCUCUCUCUCUCUCUCUCUCUCUCUCUCUCAUGGAGGACAUGCGCAAGAGACCCGGAAGCGAACCGGCGGAGGAGGAGGGGAGCGCCGCGAAGAAGCAGCGACAUCUGGCGGCGGAACAAGUGAUGAGCGACGACGUUGAGACUGUGCCCUCCAAGGCAAACGACUGGAAGCUCGAGGAGCUCGCGAAGCUCGUGAACAAAGACUGGCCGAUCGUGCCCGCUGCAGGUGCCGCAGCGGUGACUUUCGUCGAGAACCCGUACUCGCAGCCCUGGGUGUUCCAAGCGCUGCCGUCGUCAUACGUCACGAUCAACCUCAACGAGGAGAGCUGCGGGCCGUCGUUCUCGGACUCAGUGUCGACGGUCAUGGCGAGCGUCGACCUCGGCGGGUUGUACGGCAUUUCGAAGGAGGUGCUGGGGUUGGAGUCCGAGAAGUGGUUGAUGGAGGGGUGGAGGAGGCUAGCGGUUUGUACGGACUUACAAAGGAGGUUAUCGGUUUGGAAUCUUUGAAGUUCGUAAUGGCGGAGGAGAAAGAGGCGAGUGGGUUCGGCUGUGCGUCUGGUGAAACAAAAGAGUUGGCUCGUGGUGGUUGGGCGGGGGUGGAGAUGGACUGGGACGAUGCUGCGCUGGCGAGGUUUAUCGGGGAAGACGGAGACUUACCUGAAGGGUGUGUUGAGUAGUUUUGGUGGGUGUAUGAAGAAAUGGGGUUUAUGGCAAUGGCGGCCAUGGCAGCUGGUUGGUGCGUUUCUGCAGAGUAGGGUAGGAAAUGAAAAAUGUGGAUAGUAUAGGGACUAAUUAGCAAAAUUUAGGAACACAAAGAGAAAAUGGUGUAGGUUCUUCGCAAUUUAGUUUAUUUACUAAUCAACCCUUUUAUUUAUUGAUUUUUCUA